CAUGCCUUGCCUGGUGAUAUUAAAGAAUGAGAAAAUUUUGCUUCGUAUAGGAUGAACAUCCAUGUUGAGUCUGCACCAAGGAAGAUGGAAGAAUGUAGGAUUUGCCAUGAUGGUGAUGAUGAUUCUAACAUGGAGGUACCCUGUUCUUGCCGCGGAACCCUCAAGUAUGCACAUCGCAAAUGUGUACAGAGGUGGUGCAAUGAGAAGGGGGACAUCAUCUGUGAAAUUUGCCGCCAGAAUUUUACGCCAGACUACACAGCACCAGCUCCUCUAUUUGGCAGAUUCACAAUGAACACAGUAGGAAACUGGGAUAUUUCCAUGGGUGGGGUUGAUUAUCAUCAUUUUGCUGCAUUGGUUUCUACAGAAGACAAUUUUGUUGAUUAUGAGUCAGAUGAGUAUACAACAUUUUAUCCAAGAAGUUUGAUAUGGUGUCGUAUUGUUGCCAUAACUUUUGUGCUUCUUCUGAUGUUGCGUACAAUGCUGCCAAUAAUCUUUGGUGUUGCUGGAGAUAACUCGGUAACAUUGGUCAUGUUAUCAGUGUUGAAAGCUAUUGGAAUGGUACUGGCAAUCUACGUUUUGGUGAAAGCUUUUAUUGCUGUGCGACAUUGGAGGUAUCAGCAGGAUCCUCAUCACUCAGAGAUAGCCUCAUCAGAUGAAGAAAAUGAAUUUCCAUUACAACAGCGUCAGCACUUCCAAAUUGCUCCAUCAAACGAUGAGAAUGAACUACCACAACAGCCGCCUCAGCCACAUUUUAUACAUGUCCAAUGAACCCCUGGCUUGAAAAAAGACAUCUGAACAACCGCGAAAGUUUCACACUGCGACUUUUAUGGCUCUAUUAUGGAGUAUUCUCAGACAAAUAAAGCAAAGCUGCAACAAAAGAUCAAAUGACCUCCUUUUGAGACAUUUCUAGCUUUGCUUUUAUGACUUGUACUCCAUCCUA